UACUACAUAUAAAUAUAAAGAAAUUUGUGAAGCAAUUUAUGAGGUUUUAUUUUCUACAUAAUACGGAAAACUAUCUUAACGCAAAUUUUUGAAAAGUCAGCCGACAGACGUCGACGACCACAGCAAAUUACAGUUCGGGUUUUGCUUUUAUAUUUACCAUCUGCAUUGUUUUGCAUUCCAAUUGGUUUCGUUAGUGUAGUAACAAUUGAUUGUCCGGACAUUAUGCAAUACUGUAACUGAAACAACAUGAGUGCGCCUGGAAUAAAUAAAAGGAAUACUCUUAUACUAGGAUGCAGUGGAAGUGUAGCAUGCAUAAAAAUUCCGGAAAUUGUGGAUCUCAUACGAGCAUGUUUCCCCAGGCUGGAAAUAGUUGUAAUCCCGACCACACACGCUAGCCACUUCCUCCCUAAAGACGGAAAUGGUCGUGUAUGCCUGUUUUCGCAGCAGGAUCGGGUUCAGAUUCUGGAUCCCUGCCAGUCGAAUACAAAUUUUGCCGGUCUCAUGGAAACUGUAGUGGCAUUCCUUAUUGCACCUUUAGGAGCCAACCUUAUGGCCAAACUGGCCAAUCCGUCUUUUCUUCAGUCAGCCAAUCCAUCGAAUCUGGAGCUAGCGGUGGUGCGAUUCCUUUUGCACAGGCAAGAAACACCGGUGCCUUUUCUUUUGGCUGCAGCCAUGAACUCCAUGAUGUGGAAUUCUGUUGUUACUGAAAAUAAUCUCCGGGAAAUUCGUUCUCUCUAUGGAUCGGGUCGGAACUGCGUUGUUUUCAUACCGACGGUGGAUAAACCAUCCAUGUGCGGAGAAACAGGCUUCGGACCGAUGGCUUCUCCACCAGAUAUCGUAGAAUAUUUGCAGAAUACUUUUAUUGGAAGCACCGUGAGUGACCGCCGGGAUAUUAUUGUUGUGCCUGUUCCUAAAAAUUACGAUUUUACCGGAAAAAUGAGUAUUCUGGACGAGGGAUGGUCAUCCCAAAAGGCGUGUUCACAUGACGCUUUUAAUUACCGAUUCGAUCUUUGUGACCUUGUGACCCGAGAAUCCCUCAAUGUAUUAUUGAGUGCCGACAUUGAGUCCUCAUUACAGCUUGCUGUAAACAGUCCGGAAAAAUUCGAAUGCGAUACGAAACAGCGCUUUGUCGAUGCAUUUAUGGCUGAUCUGCGAAAGUGUUCCAUGCAGUGUCAGCAUUCUGACAAUGGGGAAAUUCAGUCGGUUGAGAAACAAGUACCGCGUUACAAUAUCAAAUACAUAACUUCCGACAGCGUGCAAAAAUUAUCACCGGAAGUACGGCAGGUUGAUCAAACGGUACUGGAUCAACAGUCUUUUUCGGACUGGGAUGAAUGGCAGGUUUGGAGCAAACGGGAAGAUCCAGUGCUGCAUAUUCUGUUGCGGCAGUGGGCCGAUAUUUUGGUAUUAGCAAAUCCGUCUGCGCUACUGAUAAGUAAAAUCACAGCUGGAAUUUGCGAUGAUUUGUUGACCUGCGUAAUUCGGGCGUGGGAUUACAGCAGAGACACAAUUUUUCUCUGUUUCACCAAGGCUAGUCAUGACCCCUUAAAAGGACAUUCUCAGCAGCAGCUACGCGAACUGCAGCAAAGAGGAAUUCGAGUUGUCUGGAUGUAGUAACGCUGUACAAUACAGCAAUGCACUCCAUCCCCGUUACUGUUAUAAUUUGCUCGGUUCGGAAAGUUGGUGUGAUAUUAUAGGUCUGUGAUUUUGUUUCAGUGUGCGUUUAACUUUCGACGGUUAAUUUAAAUAUACAAAUAAUAUGUAUUACUGGAAAUAAAACUUUUCAGCGCCAUAAACAUUCAAACAAACGCUGAAGUCUUGUUUUUUCAAGCAAGUAGUCAAUCAUUUACUUACUGUAGUUUCAGACCCACAACCGGCAGCGAAGACUAUGAAUUGUCGACCAUCAAUUUCAAACCAUUAAAGUACUUAGCAAACAUGCAAUAAAGACAGAACAUGAUAUGAGACUGAGCUAAACAAAUUAACUUUUGCCUAUGUAAUUCGUGUCAUACAUAACUUUCUUCUAUGUAAUCACCGUAGGUGCAUCACGACCGGUAAAGUGAGUUAGUUUCGACAUUGCCAGUGCCACAUUGAUCAAUGGUUUCAGUAUGAAUCCGGCGUCCAUUUUUUGCUUCACUUGGUCUGGUUCGUAGCAAUCGCCGUAAAGGCGAAUAGUAGAUCCUGUACUUCCGGUACCACUGAUGCGGAAGACGAUACGUGAGCCGUCUUUGAAA